AUGGAGACAGUGUUGAAGGCUCACUGUGAUGAACAGCACCCUCAUCAGGCCGAAGACUUCCAUGGGAAGCAUGAGCAGAACAGCAAGGUUCCAGGAAUAAAAAAAGAUAUUGAAAAACUUUAUGAAGCAGUGCCACAGCUUAUAAACGUGUUCAAAAUUAAGGAAAAAAUUGGAGAAGGUACUUUUAGUUCUGUUUACUUGGCCACAGCACAACUGCAAACAGGAUAUGAGGAAAAAAUGGCUCUGAAACACUUGAUUCCAACCAGCCACCCUCUGCGAAUUGCUGCUGAACUUCAGUGCCUCACAGUAGCAGGGGGACAAGAUAACGUUAUGGGAGUUAAAUACUGCUUUAGGAAAAAUGAUCAUGUGGUUAUUGUUAUGCCCUAUCUGGAACAUGAAUCCUUCCUGGAUAUUUUGAAUUCUCUUUCCUUUGAAGAAGUGAGGGAAUACAUGUUUAACUUGUUGAAAGCCUUGAGGCGCAUCCAUCACUUUGGUAUCGUUCACCGGGACGUCAAGCCCAGCAACUUCCUCUACAACAGGCGCCUAAAAGAGUAUGCCUUAGUAGAUUUUGGCUUGGCACAAGGAACCCCUGAUACGAAAAUUGAACUUCUAAAAACUGCCCACACAGAAGACCAGCAGGGAAGUUGCUCACAAAAUAAUCCCACCCUAGCCUUGGGAAAUGGGGUUUCUGUCAGUGUCACUGCACCUAAACAGAUAGCUGAACAGUCAGCCUCAAAAGCAGUUGAUAAACGGUCCAGCUCACUUUCAAAAAUGCAGAUUAAACAAGGAAGAGGAGGAAAGGAGGAUUCUGUGCACCAUUCUGUUCAGCGCUCUGUCUUUGGAGAGAGGAAUUUCAAUGUGUAUAGUUCCACGUACCAGGAGAAUUCAAGUACAAAACUCAUAAAACAAUCAAAGAUGAUAGAUGUGUCAUCUAGGAAGUUAGUCACAAAGAAGAAGAUUAUUUCUACCAAAACAGUGAGCAAUGGGGCAGCCAGGAAGGCUGCCAGUGGUUGUCCCUCAAACCUGAUCUGUGACUGUUUCGCAACGGAUAGAGUUUGCAGCGUUUGCCUUUCCAGGUGUCAGCAAGUUGCUCCCAGAGCAGGAACACCUGGAUUCAGAGCACCAGAAGUAUUAACAAAGUGCCCCACACAAACCACAGCAAUUGACAUGUGGUCUGCAGGAAUCAUAUUCCUUUCUCUGCUCAGCGGACGGUAUCCGUUCUACAAAGCAAGUGAUGAUUUAACUGCUUUGGCACAAAUCAUGACAGUUCGUGGAUCCAGAGAAACCAUUCAGGCUGCUAAAACUUUUGGUAAAUCAGUUCUAUGUACCCAGGUUGUCCCAGCACAAAACUUAAGAACCCUCUGUGAGAAGCUGAGAGGAACAAGCAGCAGCUGUAAGAGAUCCCAGGGUGAAGUGCUUAGCAGGUCUGUAAAUGACUUAGCCAUGCCAGUUGCAGUAGACAAACCGUGUGCUCCUGAGACACUUGGCAAACAAAUUCAACAUUUAAAGAGCUUCCAGGAAGGUGAUGGUGCUUUAGAAAUGAAGGCAACAGACGUGAAAGGAUGGGAUCAGGUUCCUGAUGAAGCAUAUGACCUACUUGAUAAGCUACUAGACUUAAACCCUGCAACAAGAAUAACCGCAAAAGAGGCUUUGCUGCAUCCAUUUUUCAAAGACAUGAGACUCUGA